UUGGUUUAGAUGAGCUCGGUUCGGCCGGUGCGCACUCGACCUGGCGGUCACCUUCGGCAGCAGCAGCAUUAUCAUCGUCAUUAAUACCAUCGUUGUCAUCGUCAAUAAGAAUAGCAGCAGCUGCAAAGGCUAUCGACAUUACUAUUAUCACCAAUCCUGCUGCUGCCACGACGAGCAGCCACGACAACAAUAAUAAAGCAAAUAAUCAUAAAAAUGAAGAAGCUGAAGAAGAAUCCACCAUAAGCAAACACAACAAUGCAGAACAUAAUCAUCACAAGUGCAGAAAGCAAAGCAACAUAUUACGUUGUUGGCCCGAGGCUCGUCGUAUGCGACAUCCACGACCAGCCAGCCAAGCCGCUAAUUCUAAGUCUACGUCUAAGCCGUUAAGUGAUAAUAAGGAUAGCUUUAGCUCAGUAAGCCCUAGGGUACUAAGCUUAAGAUUUCGUCGUAAGAACAGCAGACAGAGCGGCGGCAACGUUGCUGCUGCAGCUACCGCCGUAGUUAGCAUUAUGGACAAAUUGAAGAUGAUAAUGAUGAUGAAGAAGAAGAAAAAGAAGAAGAAGAAUAACCGGCUCUCGAUAGAGCCAACACCUAGCCUAGUUAGGAUACCCAAGUCUGACGGCCAGCGGGCCCUUAACCUUAAGGCUAAGAAUAGUCAUGUAAGUUACUUUAAGCCGAAUAACUCCAAGUCUGUGAUAUCGCUCAGCUCGAGCAGCAACAAUGUCGCCGCAAUGCAGUGGCUGAAAGUACGACAGCACCGUCACAGCAUCAGCAGCCGCCAUCGCCGCCGCCACCGCCACCGUCGCCACCGCCGCUGUAGCGACAGCCCAGGUCUUGCGUGCACGGCCAGUUCUUCCAUUACGCUUAUCGUUUCCAAAAGACGCGAACCGCGGUUGCCCGGUGCUGAGAUCGUUGGAAGCCACAACAGAUGGGGGUUCGUUGCUAUUGAGCUGCCGCGACGACUAAUAAGCGCAUUAUGUGUUCCAUUAACGAUAGGCACUCCGUCGACGAUUACGACGACGAAGAGGAGAUUGACGGGAGGAAAUGGGGUCAUGCUCGUAAACACGUCGCGGAGAAUAAUCGAUGGUAUUAGCUGUACCGAAGCAACAAUAUGUACUGCUGGUGCUCUUUCAUUUCAGGAUAACAAUAAGUCUAACGAGCCUCUAAAUACUAGCUUUAAGAGUAUCGCGCCCGUGGCAGCGGAUCAAGAGCGGAAGGUGGAGCCGGCGCCUGGGCGUGAAUCUAACCUAACACUUAAGUCUCUGUCUAAGUCUACGCCGAGCGUUAAGUCUAGCGAUAAGUCUGACACAGAUGUUGUAAUAGUAAAUGGUAAAGAUAACGUGACCCACGGUCUGAUGCCGGUGAUUAGUGCACGGGCCGAUGGGAACGAAGAGGAGUGGGAGGAAAUUAUUAGCCAGGAUGACGUUGGUCAGCGGCAACAGCGGCCGACCGUAAACAUUCCUAUAUUGACUACCUGCGAGCCUACGAUGACGCUUACAUGCCAAUCGACCAUCGUCACAUCCCAAACGAACGAUGUACCUGCCAAAUCUCGUUUUGAUGUUCAAUAUGAGCAUCUUAAUCUUGACGAUCACGAGGAUGAGGAUAAGAAAUUAAGUGACAAUGCAAUGAUGAUGACGAGGGAGAGCAAGACGGGGGCUAGCCUCGUGGAAGACUGCAAGGAUCUCCUCACCAAUUACCGUACGGCACGCAACCCGCGCCAAUUCACGAGACUGAAGGAGGCCUUGAAUACCCUGCUAAUAACUCGCGGCUACUCAUGUACGCCUAGAAGCAUAAAAACGACUACGACUAUCACAACGACACCACCACCACCAUUACCACUAUCAUCAUUAUCAAUAUUGACAAAAUACACCAGCGCCGCGAGCAUCCUCCGCUAUAAGCAACGCUGGGGUAUAGCUCCGAUUCUUGGCCUUGCUGGGGGUGGUGAGAGUUCUCUUAACAACAGUGCCGCUGCUAGCUGGGCUUCCGCCCAAACUACAACACCCAACAAUAAUAAUCAAGCACAGUCUGGUUGGGGUGGCGGAGGUGGUGGCACCCCCGGUAAUCAACCAGUCGUUGGUGCCCAAGCAGGGCCACCCAGUAAUUGGCAGAGUGUUCCUGGACCGAGAACCAUUAGCAAUCAAAUUGCCAACCAGAAUCCCAAUCAAACCCAAACUCAAGGUCCAACUGGACCACCAUCCAAUCCAGGAUCAAAUACUCAAGCAGGACCACCUACUUCUCAAACAAGUAAUCAAACUCAAGCGAAUCAGGGCAGUGGUGGAGGUGCCGGAAACGGUGGCCAGUGGCCACAAGGCGGCAAUAAAGCAGCUAAUCCUGUCGUUGUCGGACCCAACAAUUCCCAGGUCCAGAACAACAACAGCAGCAGCGUAUCACCUCAGCAACAACAGCAACCACCGCCUCAACAGCAAGCCCAGCAGCAACAGGCGCAAGUCCAACAACCCGUAGUAACUGCCGGUAAUAAUAAUCAGCAACUUGCGAAUCCCGGUCCAGGUGCUGUUAGUGCUGCGGCAACACCCACUACCAAUAAUCCUUCCACCAAACAUCAGCUGGAGCAACUUAACACCAUGAGAGAAGCACUCUUUAGUCCUGAUGGUUGGGGAUGUCAACAUGUGAAUCAAGAUACAAAUUGGGACGUGCCAACAUCCCCAGAGCCCAAUAUGAAUAAGGAUGGCGUGCCAAUGUGGAAGCCGCCUGUGAAUAACGGCACUGACCUCUGGGAGGCGAAUCUACGCAAUGGUGGACAGCCACCGCCCCAGCAACAGGCUAAGACACCCUGGGGCCAUACUCCAUCAACUAACAUUGGUGGCACUUGGGGCGAGGACGACGAUACCGCAGAUACGUCUAAUAUGUGGACAGGUGCACCUGCCCCUAGCCAACCCAAUAGCGCUCAGUGGCCUGGUGGAUCAGGCAAUCAAACCGGUAUGUGGACUGCACCGACUGGAGCCGGGGGUGGUGGCGGCGCAACUGGAGGAGGAGGUAUGCUUGUGAAAGCGCUUCGUUCUGAAUCAGCGGGCUCGAGUUGGGGCGACCCUCGAGUGGAUCCACGUGAUCCGCGUGAGAUACGUUCGGUAGACCCACGAGAGAUGCGUGGUGGCGAUCCUCGUGACCACCGUAUGUCCCUCGAUCCUCGAGAGCAGCACAUACGCGUAAUCGAUCCCAUGACCAGGGAUCCACGUAUGUCCGGUGAGAUGCGCGGUGAUCCUCGUGGCGGCAUCUCAGGUAGACUCAAUGGCGCUAGCGCUGACUCCAUGUGGAACCAGCCACCAGGACCACCGCAUCAUCAAAUACCAGGACACCAGCACCCGAGCGGUCCCCCAACAAAGAUGCUUGCGCCAUCGAGCAUAAACCAGUGGUCUGCUCCGCAGCCUAAAGAUAUGAUGCCAGUAAAGUCUUCCGGUUGGGAAGAGCCAUCGCCUCCCACACAGCGGAGAAAUAUGCCGAAUUACGAUGAUGGUACAAGUCUCUGGGCAAAUCCCGCGACAAAUCAGCGGGCCAUGCAGAGCAGUAAAGUCACACAUUGGAAAGACGUGCCCACGCAAAAUCUUGGACGUGGAGGUAUGCAAUGUCCUCCUGGAAUGCUUCAAAAUCAAAUGCCAGGUCAGCCAGGCAUGAAACCGGAUACCGUUGGAGGAGGCGGUGGAGGUGGUGGUGGAGGUGGUGGCGGUGCACCUAUGUGGGCCACUCACCCCGGUAGUGGUGGACCCACAGGCGGUGGCCACAAUGGCUCUUGGACCGACGGUCCACCCGAAGCCACUGGCUGGGGUGAGAGUAAGUCACGCAAUCGCCGCUACCCGAUGAGCGACAUCGUAGAUCCGCGCACAGGGAAAACACUUUGGGACGAGCACCAAAAGCCACAACCGAUGGGCCCGACUGGUGUCGGUAACUGGACCGACUCGGACAUGGAUCCGACAAGCAGCUGGGGACAUACGCCUAAACCCGCUCUUACUAAGGAACUCAUUUGGAACAGCCGCGAGUUUCGUUAUCUAUGUGAUAUGGGAUUCAAGAAAGAGGAUGUGGAAGCAGCUUUGCGAAGUCGUGAAAUGAACCGCGAGGAGGCUCAAGAAUUGCUUAACCAAUUACGCCCGGUUGACCAGUGGCGUCGUCAUGACGGUGGACAUUCAGGUUACGAUCCCACCAAUCAAUCAACUGGCGCCCAAUCUUUUUCACGCUUUAAUCACGUUACUCAGCAGAUGUCAUUUCCACCGGCUUCGCGCACACCGCAGAAUCAGCCGAGUACUCAGCAGCUGCGUAUGCUCGUCCAGCAAAUACAGCUGGCCGUUCAGGAGGGCUACCUCAACCAUCAGAUUCUGAAUCAGCCACUAGCUCCUCAGACUCUUAUGUUCCUUAAUCAACUACUACAGCAGAUUAAAGUCUUACAGCAGCUUCACCAACAGCACACCAUGCAGAACUCUCUCAAGUCUAAUGGCCAGAAUGUUCUACAGAUAAGUGUACAGAUUACCAAGACCAAGCAGCAGAUUGCUAAUCUUCAAAAUCAGAUUGCUGUGCAGCAGGCGACUUACAUGAAGCAACAGCAACAGCAGCAACAGCAACAGCAGCAUCCCACCACGCCGUCACAGCCAUCAGAGUAUUAUAAACCAUCGGUGCAUGACCCGAUGAGCGCACUGCAAAAUAGCUUCGGUGAUCUUACCAUGAAUAAGGAGCCUCCAGUGAGCCAGCAACAAUCACGACUCAAUCAAUGGAAGCUUCCGUCCCUGGAUAAGGACGGUGACUCGGUUGUAAACGAGUUCUCGCGCGCACCCGGCAGCACAAGUGCAAAGCCGCCUACGACACCAGGCAGCCUCAGCCAGUCCCAUAGCAGUCCGAACAUGAAUCCACUCCUCGGGCCUGGAGAUGGAACGUGGUCAACCCGGCUCGGUGAUAGCGGCUGGCCUGACACCGGUAAUAAUGACUCCACCGACGGCAAGGAUUGGCAGCCCCAGACCGCAGGCGUCGCCUUUACAGAUCUUGUACCCGAAUUCGAACCUGGCAAGCCCUGGAAGGGAACACAGAUGAAAUCGGUGGAGGACGAUCCAAGCAUAACACCUGGUUCGGUGGUGCGUUCACCAUUGUCCAUAGCCUCCAUCAAGGAUCCCGAUACACUUUUUUCGACGGGUAGUAAAACAUCACCACCGCCUCAGGCCGUUAACGAUAGCACAUCCAUUCCAAGUCUUAGUAAUUCUACGUGGAGCUUCAAUCCCCCGGCCACAACGCCCAGUAUUUUCACCAGUCUUCGCAAUGUUAACAGCACAAAGAACACCUGGGGUGACGCAGCCCCACCACCGACGGCAGUCACGUCGGAACUGUGGGGCGCGCCUAUGAGUAAGUCUCGUGGUCCGCCGCCCGGACUCGGCAGUAAGGGUACUACAUCUAUGUCUAACGCAAGCAAUGGUUGGGCCGCCCUUGGGCGCUCCAAUACCUGGGCGCUUCAAACUAAUGCACCAAGCGGCAGCAAUACUGGAUGGGUUUCACCCUCGACAUGGCUUCUACUGAGAAACCUUACGCCUCAGAUUGACGGCUCUACACUCAAGACGCUUUGCAUGCAACACGGACCCGUGCAAGACUUCCGGCUCUACCUUAAUCAUGGAAUUGCACUCGCUAAAUAUUCCUCGAGAGAUGAAGCUAUUAAGGCCCAGGGUGCGUUGAAUAACUGCGUUCUUGGUAACACGACGAUUUUCGCCGAGUCGCCGGUUGACAGCGAGGUCCACACCUUACUACUGCAACUGAGUCAUGGGAGCGGAGGCGGUGGUGGUGCAGGAGCCCAGCAGCCCAGUAGCGGCGCCGGUGGGUGGGGUCUUAGACCAACUGCCAACAAGGCCGGGCCGCCGACUGACACCUGGGGCGCGGGCACAAGCCAACUAUGGGGUGCGCCACCCGCGAGCAACUCCCUCUGGAGCAGCACGGGCAUUGACUCAAGCGACCAACAGCGCGCAACUCCGAGCUCCCUCAACUCGUACUUACCCGGAGACCUCCUGGGAGGUGAGUCCAUGUAGAUGAUGAUGAUGACAAACGGGAGCCGAGAAUGGAGCCCACUACUCACGAGCGACGUCAAUUGAAAUGCUAAGAAAAUGUUUUAAUGAUAACGAAAGAUUUUACAAAUCAUUCGAUACAUCUACAUAAAUGCACACU